AUGGAUGUCACCCAGCAGAGCGCCGAGGCCCCUAAUUCGUCUACGCCACCUGCGCCAUCCCAGCCUCAGGAGAAGUCGAUACCUCGGCCCUACAAGUGCCCUUAUCCUUUAUGUGGGAGGGCUUUCUCCAGAUUAGAGCACCAGACGCGCCAUAUCCGCACACAUACGGGCGAAAAGCCGUUCCUCUGCACGUUCGCCGGCUGCGAAAAGCGCUUCAGUCGCUCGGACGAGCUCACUCGCCAUGCUCGCAUACACACCAAUCACACCAACCAUCAUGCGCCGAGUACUGCCGCCAAGGGCAAAGCGCGGGCCAAAGCCCCAGCUCGCCGUCCCGCUGCGGCAAAACGUGCGAGUUCGGAGGAUGUCGACAUGAACGACGCGGAUGCCGACGCGGAGAGCAACUCCUCAGACUCAGAGUCCGAGGACGAUCGCCCAACAAUUGCGCGCAAGUUUCAUCGACGACGCCCGAGCGGCACUGUCGAACAUGAUCACACCAGUAUGCGCGACCGCCGCAAAAAGGUGCGCAGCCGCGCAGGAAGCGACGACGAUGACGAUUAUGUCCGGCCCCUACAGCAGCAGCCUGCUUUUGGAGCAGCGUACGGAGGGGCUGCGCCAGGCUUUGGCUAUAGCGGUUACGCUGCGGCUCAUGCACCGCCGUACGUUCCUGGACCGGAUAGUACCUUGGCGGCGCUUUCCUCGCUCGCAACGACGGAACUUCACGCCAUAGAACGAGAGGAAGCUCUACGCCGUGCCGAGUACGAGGUUCGCCACAGCGCUGCUCUUGCCCGUCAGCGCCAUGCAGAAAUACUUGCAUCGUAUGGACGACGUGCUCGUAGCGCCGCAACAUCGCCUGUCGGAACGCCAUAUCUCGCCGGACCGACCGGAUCGUCCUAUUUCGAUGUGUCUUUGCCUGAGGGCGGUCAUGCCGUCGAUGGCUCACGGCACCAGGCGCAUGCGCACGGCCAUUCUCAUCCCUACGCUACUCCCGCGUACGGAGCCGGUCACCGCCCGCGUAGCAUACACGAAGACUACGCACAACGUGACGAACCUGCCAGCGGUGCCAGCCUCCCUCGCCCUCGUAGCCUGCACGACCUCGCGCCAACAAGCCCGCAGCCAGCUGCCUUCUCUCAUAGCCGCAGUCAUCACGCCUUGAGUAGCCUCGCGUCGUCCUCUGCCAGUCACGGCCACUCGCACGGUUAUCCUGGCCACUCACCUGUGUCGUCGACAUUCCCCGCCCAUGUCCACUCACCCGAAUCCGAGCGCGCGUUCUCCCGCUCUGCGCGCACCGCCCCGACGUCUCCCUACUUCUCUGGUCUUGGCCUCGCGAGUCUCGCGAUUCACAGUGGCGCACCCAGUCGUGCCCCGUCUCCGGGCCCCUUACUCCCGCCACCGCACGACGGUUCAAAUAUUGGGUCGACUGCAGGGAUGGGCAUCCAGCAUGCGUACUCUCACUCGCGUAGUGGCGCGCCGCCUUCCCUACCGGCGCCACAUGAUGCGCAUCCUGUUCAGACGCCUCAGUUAUCUUCGGGACCCAGCAGCUCGGGCAGCAGCCCUAGCUUACCCCACUUGUCGCGACCUGCGUCGCCACCGGGCGCGCACAGUGCACCGGCGGGCAUCCCCGUUGGAUUAAGCGCCGGCGCACAGAAGCAUCUUGCACACGGUGUCCGUGCCGCGUUCGGAAUGACGCCCAUUCACCCAGGACCUGGUGUCGCGCCUCAUCACACCAUUUCCGGUCUGCACUCCGCACCUGCCAACAUCACACCUCUCAGCAUGGCGCCCGUCGCCGGCGGGAGUCAGAGCAGGCGCAGCAGUAUCCCGGGCAGCAGGGCGGGUAGUCCACCGAUCAGGCUAGCGCCGCUCCAUCUCAUUGGCAACAGUGAGGAUGAUGCGAACGCAGCCGGUGAGGCGCGGCUUCCGGGGCUGAGCGAGCUUGUUGGGCGCUGA